AUGACCAUUCCGCGGUCGAGAACGCAGGUGCAGCGCUUGGAGCGCUCCUCCCUGCGCGACAAGAUCACCAGCCCUCCACGAAAUGCUGUCUCGGAUAUGCACGACAUCAGCGGGGACGCGCUCCUAUGCCGAGACGAAUCUACCACCAACAUAGCCAUCGUCAACGACUCCCGUGUCGCAGCGAACAUGGAAGAAGGUGUCCAGCAAAUCAAUAUCCAAUCAAGCGAUGCAGCAAUUAACGGGGAUACCAUGGCGGCUCUGCCUUUCCCGCAGGGAAUUGAUAUUCCCUCUUUUCCAUCGGCAAUAGGGUACUUCCCGAUUUAUAUACCGUUGCCGCAACCAUCACAACCAUCGCAACCAUCGCAACCAUCGCAACCAUCGGGAAUGCCAGAUAUUCCCUUCGGGCUGACGGAAGAUAUAACACGUGGUGCCCAGGAUACAACGUACAGUGAGGCCCCCCCACAAGAUUGGUCGACGACUCCUGCUUCUAAAAAUUAUCCGGAGGAUGACACCCAUUCCGCCGACGCGAUGACAGUUUCCCAGAUGCAAGCUUCAGGAGUGAGUAUCACCGAAACACAUGCUAUGACGGAGCCAACGAGGGAGAGCGAUCAUGACAUUGCACAACCUGGGGAGCUUCUUGAGCUCUCACUUGUUUGCCAGCACUGGUGGUCCAGGUGCAGACCCUAUCUGGUGCGGAACAUCGUGUUCAACAGCCGAGUUGACGUUCUUCGCGAGCAUCGGACAAGACGUCGUGACUGGUCAGGGCCGCGCUGUGUGACCAUCAGAGGCGCAGAGAACACGAGGUCGCUCAGCCACUUGGGCUUCGUGGGAGCUCUGUUUGGUCCCAGGUGGCCGAACGUGCGCCAUGUGGUUGUCGAGCAUGGAGACUGGUGGGCGGGCGACUUCCAUCAGGACAUCUUUCUCCAUCUGCACAUCUUGAUGGAAAACAUUGGGCAUUUAGGUUUGCGUGAUGUCACGAUUCCAUCGGGUGCUAUCCUUCGUGGCCUCGUCUCUCAAGUGCAUAUGCGUUUCCUGGAAGAUGACGAGGAAUAUGAAAGCCCCUCGGAUCUGACGCUCGCUCUCGCACAAGUCAGGCUCCUUCCCGCCGUCUUCGGGAGAGUACAGAGUGGUAGCAUGGAAAAGGAUGUUAUAUGUGUUGCACCAACGGGUGCGGGAAAAACACUCACGUUCUGGAUGCCGUUAUUGUUCCGAGAGGAUGGAAUACAGAUCGUAGUGACGCCACUUAAUAUCCUCGGAACGCAGAGUGUAGCCGAGCUGGAGUUGAGACAGCAACACCUCAAUUGUUCAAGUAUAUGGCUGACGUACCUCAACGUUAUCAAUCCCGAAUUGUUGAUGAAGGAGGGCGGGGGCUUUGAACGUCUAUGGAAGAACCAAGACUUUGCGUCUCGGAUCAUCAGUAUUAUCUGGGAUGAAGCGCACUGUGUCAGUCUCUGGAGUGCGUUUCGUACGGAGUACAGGGAUGCCUACCGCCUGCGUUAUCUUUUGCCUCAUCCGUUUUUCAAUUUUUUCCUUUUCGCGGGCUCGAACCCGCGACCUCUGUACUACCUGCCUGAUAUGGACACGCCGUUAUCUACUGUACGAUUAGAUUAG